AUGGAGAACACUUCCAGCAGCGCCACAGCGCCUUGCAAACCACAGCGGAGGCGCAGCAUCUCAUGCAGAUUCAGUGCAAUCGUGGGGCUUCAGUUCCUAACCGAAGCGGCGUUCGGCUUCAUGAGUCCCAUCAUCUACAUCCUCAUGACUGAGUAUUUUGCCAGAUUGUACCGAGGUGGACUGCCGAUUGACUGCGGUGCAAAACCACACGAUGAGGCGUGCGUUGACGGAUCGAGGCAAGCUGCUUGGUUAUCGAGCAUUUUCUCGGCUAUGGGCUCUGUUUGCAACUUCAUCCUUGCACCAAUGCUCGGACAGGCAUCAGAUGUCUAUGGACGCAAGCCUUUUCUCAUGCUGAGCCAACUAGCAAGGGUCGGCACACCAUUCUCCGUCAUGUACUUCAUGCAACCCGACGGCUCUAUUACUCCUUAUUUUGUGUUAAGGCUAAUCGACUACGGCUUCGGGACGGCAGGUGUCAUGAGUGCCUCAGUCGCUGAUAUUGUCGCACCUGAAAACCGUGCAGCGGCCUUUGGCGUUCUCUUUGCCAGCCAAUCUGUUGGCUAUAGUAUGACUGCCUUCAUGGCGCCAUUUUUUUCUCGAGCAACGACUGUGAGCAAGACGCGCUGGGUCAUGGAGAGUCCCAUCAGCUCAAUCUCGAUCCUCUUUCGUAACCAAUUAUUCUUUCGCUUAACGUGUUUGAUCGCUCUAACGAGUUUUGUCAUGAGUGGAACAUUUCAGAUCCAGUCGUUUUACCUGAAUACAAUUGUGGGGUUCAAUGUGAAGGAUUUUGGAAACUUGAUGCUGCUCGGAGGCGUGUUAUCUUUACUGGGACAAGGUCUACUGCUGAAGCCAUUCGUGAGCUGUUUCAAGGAAAAGGGUGUUAUUAUCAUCGCAAUGAUUGCUAGCGUCGUGAGGACGGUUGGGUUUGCCGGAACGGCGUUCUACCCCGACAAAUGGGUAGUUUACGCCGCGAGUGUCCCUGGGAUGCUCAGCGAUCUGUCAUUCCCAGCAAUUUCAGCUCUCAAAUCUAUCAACGUGUCGGAAAAGGAGCAAGGUCGUCUGCAAGGCGCAGUUUACGGCGCUCGGUCGGUGUUUGACGCACUCGGCCCCAUUAUCUUUUCGACUUUGUAUGCUGCGAUGACUCGACAGUCUCUUUGGUCUCAGGCGCUCCCCUGGCAAAGCGUCUUCACCCAGUAA